GACAACUGAGGGAUUAACCUCAGAUAUGACAUCUACUGCUCUACCAACAUCAGAUAUCACAACAAAUGGUAUGACUACGGAAGAGGAGACAACUGAAUUAGGAACAACUGAGGAAUAUACUUCAGAUGUUACAUCAACUGCUUCCUUAACAACAGAUAUCACCACCAAUGGUCUGACUACUGAGGAGGAGACAACUGAAUUAGGAACAACUGAGGGAUUCACUUCAGACAUUACUCCAACUGGGCCGUCAACAUCAGAUAUCACUACCAAAGGUAUGACUACAGAGGAGGAGACAACUGAAUCGGGAACAACAGAAGAAUUCACCUCAGAUGUUACAUCAACUCUGCCGUCAAAUUCAGAUAUCACUACUAAUGGUCCGACUACCGAGGAGGAGACAACUGAAUCAGGAACAACAGAAGGAUUCCCUUCAGCCAUUACUUCAACUGCUCCCUUAACAACAGAUAUCACCACCAUUGGUGCAACAACCCCAGGAACGACAGCCGGAACAACACCUGGAACAACGCCUGGAAUGCCUUUGCACAACACCAGGUACAACUCUCGGAACAACGCAAGCUACAACACCAGGAACAACACCCGGAACAACUACUGGAACGACACCUGGAAGUUCGCCAGCUGCGACACCGGGAACAGCCACAGAAACAACACCUGGAACAAAUGCUACGACACCGGGAACAACAACUGGAACAACAUCUGUAACAACGCCAGGUACAUCACUCGGAACAAAGCAAGGUACAACACCAGGAACAACACCGGGAACAACAUCUGGAACAACACCUGCAUCAACGCCAGAAACAACACUCGGAACAACGCAAGGUAG